AAACGUUGGCGAGCACGCGCCCGACAUUCGGCUUGCAAUCUGCGGGAAGCGGCGCGGCGCAGCAAAGACGGGCGGUUGGCUUUAAAGCUGCGCGUCGCGUAGCAUGAUUGGCUGCAUUUCAUCGCUCGCUUUUUGCAUCUCGCACUCCGCCUGCGCCAGCGGGCAGCUCGUGUUUAGAGGGGUAGUCGAGAGGACGAUUUUCGCCCCAACAAAAAUGAGCUCGACUAACAGCGGGGUUCCAUUGGAGUCAAAACACCAAAACGGAAGCACCGCUGUCGUUGGGCCGUGUCUGGGAAGCCCCAGGUUGGCGAUGGCAUCACAAAUUUUGAGAAAAGCCUUGCAAGACUGUCCGGGUUGAGAGUUGAGAUCUAGACAUUUGUCAUCGUCCCAUCGCCCUGAAGAUUUAACAUACAGGAUUGAUAAAUCUCC